UGCGGAGGCCGCUGCCUGCCGGAACUCAUCCUCGGCCUCCUGCGGCUUGCGGAGUCGCCGCACCGCCCGCAGCCACUGCCCGUCCUUCUCGCAGGCGCCGGCAGGGGCGCUGCAGUUCAGGGCGCUCGUCUUCAGCUUCGGCCUGUCGCUCCUUGCGCGUGGAGAGCCGAUUGCUGCAGGUGGCCAGAUCUGGCCGCAUGGUCGCCUCCGGCAGCUCGCCGAGCAGCGAGAGCCCGUAGAACCAGUGCCUACCCUUCUCGCAGGCGCUGGCUCCAGCAUUGUGGAUGAGGACGGACGGCUGCAACUGGGACCCCUGCAUGUGGCACAGUGUGACCAGCGCUCCCUGCCAGUGCCCGCCGUUCUCGCCCACGCUGACUCCAGUGUAGCUGAAGGAGUCUGGUUCCAGCUUCGCCUCCAAUAUGCCGCUGAUCAGCGACAAGGCCCGCUGCCACUGCCCGCCUGGCUCGCACGCGCUGGUCAGCAUUGUAGGAGAGGACUAGGACGUACAGAUUAGCAACGUGCUCGUCCAAAUCGGCUCAGCAGCAACGCGCCACACCAGUCUGGAUCAAGCAGAACGGCGGCUCGGCCAGUUUUUGGCAUGCACGCGCCAUCGGCUGAUGCGCUGCACUGUGCGGUGGCCGGCAGCUGGGGAGGCCGGGGGGAAGCCGUGUCGCACGCGCGGAUGCCAGGAGCACUGCUGUGUGUGCGCGGCGGCGCCCUCGAGGACGACCACGGCAGCGACGACGACGGCGACGACCACGAUGACGCUGACGCUGACGACGACGACGAGAUCUGGCUGCACGCUCACUUCCCGCAGAUCGCUGAACAGCAACGAAGCCCGCUGGCACCGCUUGCCCGUCUAGCAAGCGGUCAUCGCGGCGAUGCAGCUGACGGCAGUGCGUUCCAGCCUCACGUCCAGUAGCUCGUUCAGGAGCAUCACGGCCUGCGUCCACUGCCCGCCUUUCUGGCACGCGCUGAUCCCAGCGUUGUAGCUGAUAGUGCCAAGCUCCAGCUCAACCUCCCGCAUCUCCCUGAGCAGCAACAGCGCAUGCUGCCACUUUCCUCCUUUCUCGCAGGCGCUGAUCGCAGCGUUGUAGCUGGGAUGGUGAUGUCGGGCUCCAGCCGCCCCUCCAUCGGCCUGCUCCGCAGGAAUUGCAGCACCUGCUGCCACUGCGCGCCCUUCGCGCAUGCGGCCAUCACGGCGCUGUGGCUGACGACGGUGGGCCUCAGCUUCCCCUCGACGUACUCCAUCAUCUCGUUGAACAGCGACAACGCGUGCUGCCACUGCAUGCCUUUCUCGCACGCGCUGAUCGCAGCAUUGUAGCUGAC